AUGACAGUCAUUCAAAUACAUGCACCAACAUCAAACAGUGAUGACGAAGAGAUUGAACAGUUCUACCAAGAUCUAGAACAAACCAUCAAUGACAAAGCAAAGAAAGAUAUUCUUGUAAUACAAGGGGAUUGGAAUGCUAAAAUCGGCUCUAAGGAAAGCACCGGAUGGGAAGGAACUACUGGAGAUUUUGGAGUGGGAAAAACAAAAGACAGAGGUAUAAUGCUUUUAGAAUUUGCCAAAACACAUCACUUAGUUGUGGCUAAUACUCUCCACAACCAUAAACUAUCGAGAAGAACAACGUGGCAUUCACCAGAUGGAGUGACACAUAAUCAAAGAGAUUAUAUUCUCAUGGACAGAAGAUUCCAAACUGGAAUCAACAGACCGAAAACGAGAACUUUCAAAAAAUCGGAUAUCGGCAGUGAUCAUGAUCCAGCUAUGAUGACAUUUAGAAUGCGACUCUCAAAGGAGAAGAAGGUUUCACACAGACGCGCAAAGUUUGACCUGGAAAAGCUGAAAAACAGCGAAUUAGCAAAAAAUACAAAAGAAGAGCCAAACCAAUUAAAAAUCCUACAAAAGUGUGAAGAAAGAAGAGAACUAAAGAAGAAUAGAUUUACCAACAAUGAAAAUCUGGACCAGUAUAGAAAGGCAAAGGAGGAGGUGAAAAGAGCUAUCAUUAAAGCAAAAGAUGAAUGGGUUGAAAAGCAAGCUGAAGAUGUUGAACAAAGCUUAGCAGUAAACAAUUCUAGAAAAGCCUACAAUGUACUAAAGAGCUUAACAAGGGAGAAGAUCAGAAGUAAAGCAGACAUCUUAGGAUCAGAAGUAAGGGCAGCGAUAAUAAAGUUGAAAAGGAAUAAAGCACCUGGAUUUGACAACCUUCCAGCAAAAUUAAUCAAUUGCGGUGGAGAGCCAUCUGUCAAAACCCUACAUCUUCUGUGCAACCGAAUACUCCAAACUGGUAAAUGGCCUACACAAUGGACUCAGUCCAUCCUCAUUCCCAUCCCAAAGAAGAAAAUGAGCAAAAACUGUAGUGAACACCGCACAAUUAGCCUUAUAAGUCACCCUAGCAAAGUCUUACUUACCAUCAUCCUAAAUAGAAUAAAACCGGGAAUCGAAGAAAUUCUAGAUGAAUCACAAGCUGGCUUCAGAAAAGACCGAAGCACAGUGGAACAGAUUUUAAAUCUAAGGCUUCUGAGUGAAAGCCAGAGAAACCACCAGAAGAAUGUUUUCCUUAAUCGACUUUAA